AUGUCGACAAACGGACAGAGCAAUGGCACAGCUCAACAUGAAACGGCACGAGCGUCUCUCGCGGCGAGGGAGAUACCUCACAUGGUAUUAGGCGACAAAAGCCAAAAAGGACCCUCAGCAGCACUCGACUCGAAUCCAGAAGAGCGAGCUCGGCUAAGAUUUGCGGUCUCAGGAAAUGCCAUCGUUACUGGUGGAGCGGGAACUCUUGGAUUCGAGGCAUGCAGCGCACUACUUGAACAUGGACUCUCCGGCCUGGUCAUCUUUGAUAUGAGCGUGGAGCAGAACACGACAGCUGUCAAGCUACUUCAAAGUCGAUUUCCCGGGCGAAACAUCGAUGCCUAUCGGGUAGAUGUUACAGACGAUGCUGCAGUCGAAGCAGCCGUUCAAAAAGCCUCCAUGUGGCUCGGGUCCCUGAAUCAUCUCCUUUGCUUCAGUGGAAUCGUUGGCUGCGUACAUUCUAUGGAUGUCAGCGCAGCCGAAUGGCGAAGAGUCGUCGAUGUGAAUACCACGGGCUCGUUCUUAUGUGCGCAGAGUGUUGCUCGAUUGAUGAAAGUACAGAACACCGGCGGCUCCAUCACUUUUACGGCAUCCAUAUCUGCUCAUCGAGUAAACUUUCCUCAACCUCAAGCUGCUUAUAAUGUAAGCAAAGCGGGUUUGGUAACGCUCAAGAACUGUCUUGCCGCAGAGUGGGCUCAACACGGAAUUCGAGUCAACAGCAUCAGUCCGGGAUAUAUGGAUACCGUCUUGAAUGAGGGUGAUGGAUUGGCUACUGCAAGAGCAACUUGGACAGAUCGAAAUCCUACCGGUCGCUUGGGACAGCCUGGUGAGCUGACUGGAGCUGUCGUGCUCCUUACGAGUAAUGCGGGUUCGUACAUCAACGGAGCUGAUAUUGUCAUCGAUGGGGGAGCAAUCGUCUUUUAG